AUGGUUCCGCAUCCGCUCUCGAGCGGCAGCAACGGUCUCUGCUUCAUCAUGACGCCCACACCCGCUCUCAACGCUGCCUUCGCCACGCAAUAUCUGGGUCUCGUAAACCUAUCUAGUAAUGGAAAAGACUACAACCAUCUUUUUGCAGUAGAAUUUGACACAAGUAAGAGCAUAGGCAUGGAGGAUAAGGAUGACAACCAUGUCGAAAUCGACUAUAAUGGCGAAUCCAAGCAGCUGGACAUAAGCAUUGUACCCGUUGGAGAGGCGAGGCCGCAAAAAGCCCUGCUCUCCAGGAAAGAUUUGGAUUUUGAUGGAAUUAUACAAGACCAGAUGUGGGUGGGGUUCUCUGCUUCUACAGACAGUUCUCCUCUGGUUGAGGAUCCUUACAUUUUAGCCAGGAGCUUUGUAACUGGCAAUACUAAGACUCCAGAUCUAGAUAUUUGGCACCUCCCUUCUUUUUAUGUCAGAAGCCCCAAAUUCUAUAAUUCUAUGGAGUUCAUAUACAUUAUUGUAAUAUGCUCAGCAGCUUUCAUCUUGGGACUCAUUCUCGGCAUAUUUUAUUGGUUCAAAAGAACGGAUUACAUAGACUUCACUGAGCAAUGGGAGUUAGAGUGUUGGCCGCACAGAUUUGCUUACCGGGAACUUAACCUCAGUACAAAGGGUUUCAGAGACGAUAAUCUUCUGGGUUAUGGGGAUUUUGGCUGGGUAUACAGGGGAACUCUGCCCUCCGGCGAAGAAAUCGCCAUAAAAUGCAUUACAAAAGAUUUUACAGAAGAAAUGGAGGAAUUCAUGGCAGAAAUUUCAAGCCUUAGAGGCUGGUCCAGAAAAAAAAAGCGCCUCUUCAUUGUCUACGAUUACAUGUGCAACGGAAGCCUUGAAAGAAAUUUGUUCAGUCCAAAAUUGAGUCUUACUUGGGCCCACAGAUACAAAAUUCUCACAGAUGUAGCCACUGGACUGCUAUACUUACAUGAGCAGUGGGACAAAUGUGUGGUACACAGGGACAUUAAAUCCAGCAAUGUAUUGUUGGACACUGAUCAGAACAGCCGAGUGGGUGACUUUGGUUUGGCAAGAUGUGUUCAGCUUUGGGGCUCUUAUGCUGGAGGUUGCCUGCGGAAGGAAACCUGUAGAUGCCCAAGGAAUGAUUUGGUUCAGUGGGUUUGGGAUUUGUAUGCAAAUAAGAGAUUGGUGGAUGUUGUUGACCAGAGGCUUGGGGGUGAUUAUGAUAAGGGUGAAGCUGAAAAUGUGCUUGUAUUAGGGCUUGUGUGUUCAAACCCUGAUCCGCGGGAGAGGAUUAGCAUGAGAAACGUGUUACAGAUUCUUUCUCGUAAGGCUGCUUUGCCCGUGGAUCUUAAUGUACCUUUGGCUUUUAAGCAUUUUUACAUAGACAUUGCAGAAUUCAAUUUGUUUAGAGCUACUUCUUUGGAACUAUCAUAA